AUGCGUUUCACCGUUGCCUCCGCUCUGGCCAUGGCCACCACCGUCUCCGCCCACGCUCAGAUGUACGGCAUCUGGGUCAACGGCGUUGACCAGGGUGAUGGCCGCAAGGACUACAUCCGCUCUCCCCCCAACAACAGCCCCGUCAAGGACCUCACGAGCCCCGACCUCGUCUGCGGCCCCAACGGUGGCACCCCCGUCCCCAGCUUCGCCAAGGCUGCCGCAGGUGACAAGCUUAGCUUCGAGUGGUACCAUGACAACCGCGACGACGACAUCAUUGACGGCUCCCACGCGGGUCCCCUGAUCACCUACAUUGCCGAGUACACCGAGACUGACGGUUCCGGCCCCAUCUGGACCAAGAUCGCUGAGGAUGGUUACUCUGGCGGCAAGUGGGCCGUUGACAAGAUCAAGGCCAACCACGGCAAGCAGGACUUCACCCUGCCUGCCAGCCUCGCCGCUGGCAAGUACCUUGUCCGCCAGGAGAUCAUUGCCCACCACGAGUCCGACGUGGCCUUUGCCUCCAACCCCGCCCGUGGCGCCCAGUUCUACCCCUCUUGCGUCCAGCUCGAGGUCACCGAGGGUGGCAGCGCUGUUCCCGAUGAGGGCUUCGACUUCAACACCGGUUACACCUCGGCCGACCCCGGUAUCGUCUUCAACCUGUACAGCGGCUACACCAGCUACACGAUCCCCGGCCCCAAGGUCUGGACCGGUGCUGGCUCCGGCAGCGCCCCCGCUCCCAAGCCCACCACCGGUGCUCCUGUCGCCACCACCACUGCCGCCGCCCCUGUUGCUCCUACCACCACCGCCGCCCCCGUCGUUCCCGCCCCCGGCAACGGCAGCGAGGAUGACUCCGAGGGUGCCCCGGCCCCCCGUCUUCUCUUCCAUCGCCCCCCCUCGGCCACCAACGCGCCUAUCACUCCUCCCACCACACCCCCUACCACCUGCAAGGCCAAGCGCUCCAGGUCCCGCAAGGCCCGCCGCAGCGCCAAGAAGGUCGCCCGCCGUGCCCAGCUCUAA